AUGUACUCUCAAAAUGCGGCCAUGGCAUCCCAAAAGCCUGAGACCUUUAUGCUGAGCACGGAGGCCCAGCAGGCUCUGCCUCACGAUGCCCAGGUUGCACUCAACCAAGUCGACAACUUGAAGUACUUUCUCAUCUCAGCGCCUGUCGACUGGACGCCUGAACAGUACAUUCGACGAUUUCUGCUGCCGACGGGCGAAUAUGUCUCUUGCGUUUUGUGGAAUAACCUCUUUCACAUUUCGGGAACCGACAUUGUGCGAUGUCUCUCCUUCCGAUUUCAAGCUUUUGGCCGCCCGGUCAAGAACUCCAAGAAGUUCGAGGAGGGCAUCUUCUCAGACCUUCGCAACCUCAAGUCCGGAACCGAUGCCUCUCUAGAGGAGCCAAAGAGCCCAUUCCUGGAUUUCCUGUACAAGAACAACUGCAUCCGCACGCAGAAGAAGCAAAAGGUGUUUUACUGGUAUAGUGUGCCGCACGACAGGCUUUUUCUCGACGCUUUGGAAAGGGAUCUUAAGCGCGAGAAAAUGGGCCAGGAGGCCACGACCAUGGCAGUCAGCGAGCCUGCCCUGUCCUUCCAGUACGACUCAUCGCAGUCCCUGUAUGAACAGCUCACCAAGGCACAGCAAGCCAACUCAUCGUCCUUCAACGCGCAGCAGGCUGGGUUUCCUCAGAGCCAGGGGAACUCGCCAGUCAUGCGGUCCAUGGACUCCAUGCCACCUCCAAUGAUCCCUCAGCAAUCGAUGCCGCAGUCCAUGCAACACUCGAUGGCCCACACCAUGCCCCAGUCGAUGCCCCCUUUAGCGGAGGGGAUGGACGCAAUCGCACCUUACGGAAUGACAAUGGCGCCGCAAAUGACACACCACGUCCCCUCUGUGAAGAGGGAGGCUGAGUUCUCUCGUGUCCACUACAACCAGCACGGCGUGCCCAUCACACAAGGCCACCAGCGUCACUCCUCUAUGCCGUCGUAUGGUCUAGAAUACUCGCCCGCCCCCUCGUUUGUUUCUUCUCAGUACGAGGAUUACAGCAACCGAGGUCUUUCCUUUGAGCCCAUUACGCCUCCUCAGCAUGCUCUCGGCCUGUCCGCCGAGCCUGCGUACAUUGCCAAUGAGGAGACAGGACUGUACUCGGCUAUUCCUGAUCAUGUCCCUGGCAUGAACGGUAUGAAUGGUAUGAUGCACCUGCCCCCUUCCAACAUGGCAGGCACCCAUUUCAACCGCAACAACUACGGUGCAAACAACGUCUACUCUGUGAUCGAAGGCAGCGCUGCUCACAGGCCAUCCGAUCUUAGGCGGUCCAUCUCCGCAUCGAUCGGUCUUGUUGCCGAAGGCGACGAGUCGGCAGGCAAUUCUCCCCCUGGCCUGUCUUUCAGCACUGGAGCUUCCAUGGUGCACCAGCACCACAAGGAUGCUGUUGAGAUGUCAAGGCACGGCACACCCCUUUCUACAGUGGAGGGUAGCCCUUCACUGAACCCCAUGGCCCUCCAACAAGGGUAUGCCCAUGGCGACCUAUCUCCCGAAGGGAGUCAUGAGCAUUCUCAACGCCCUGGCCCCGGCGUCAAUGGUGCUGCCCGUCGUGCGCGCUCCGCCACUGUGAUGGAGCUGGGACCGUAUCCCCACAAGUCCCACUCGUGCCCGAUUCCCAGCUGCGGUCGUCUCUUCAAGCGUUUAGAACAUCUCAAGCGUCAUGUGCGGACACAUACUCAAGAACGUCCCUACAUCUGCCCCUCUUGCAACAAGGCCUUUUCUCGAUCAGACAACCUAGCCCAGCACAAACGUACCCAUGAGCGCGAGGAUGGUGGCGAGGGUCCCUUCGCGUUGUCGGGCGAGGAAGAUGAAGACUUUUCGGGCGAGGAUCAGCUCGGAGCCCUUGAAGAGGCCUCGCCGUCGUCCGAGCAUGCCUAUAUGACUGGCUCGCUUAACUCGCUCGGUCAAUCUCAUGGUGGCCUGGCAGCCCCUGCAACGAUCACGCCAAAUCAGUCAUACACCUCGAGCAUGCAGGCUCUCAGCAUGCCCAUGACCAUGAGCCAUACGGGUUCCGUCAAUGCUGGCGGUAUUUGA